GAGCGCCGAGGGAAGCAAGAUGGCGGACGUGCUGGAUCUUCACGAGGCCGGGGGCGAGGAUUUCGCCAUGGAUGAGGACGGUGACAAAAGCAUCCACAAACUAAAAGAAAAAGCGAAGAAACAGAAGGGCCGCGGUUUUGGUUCUGAGGGGUCCCGAGCGCGGAUGCGGGAAGAUUAUGACAGUGUGGAGCAGGAUGGCGAUGAACCUGGACCACAGCGCUCUGUUGAAGGUUGGAUUCUCUUUGUCACUGGAGUCCACGAAGAAGCCACUGAAGAAGAUAUCCAUGACAAAUUCGCUGAAUAUGGGGAAAUAAAAAAUAUCCACCUGAAUUUGGACAGGCGCACGGGAUACUUGAAGGGGUAUACUCUAGUUGAGUAUGAAACAUACAAAGAAGCUCAGACUGCCAUGGAGGGACUAAAUGGUCAAGAUUUGAUGGGACAGCCAAUCAGUGUCGACUGGUGUUUUGUUCGUGGUCCACCAAAGGGCAAGAGGAGAGGUGGCCGAAGACGAAGCAGGAGUCCAGACCGAAGACGCCGAUGAGAUACUUAAUAAAUCCUCUGUUGACCAGGUGGUCUCUAUGAGUCUAUUUGGUUAUGCUGCCUUGGAUAAACAGGGCUAGGAUGGACUUUGUGUUUAUAUUUAAUUUCUUACCCUACUUGGUAAUUUUGAGUUUAAUAAAAAAAUAAAUGUUGCAUUUCGUUUUCUACA